GCUCGACAAGUCCAGCAACUGGAUCGCAAAACUAAAAAAGAAAAAUCUGUUACGCGCUGUAUAAACAGUGAAAGUGCUUGAAAUAAAAAAACUCUAGCAAUAAAUUUAAACAACUUUAUAAGGCUUUAUCAAUAUAAAAAAUAAAAAACAUUACAAAAAGUGAAAGAAAUAUAAAAAAUCAAUACACAAUGCCGGUCGAUAUUUGCAGUCAACAGCACAAUUUGAUUAGCUCAAUAAGCGGAACAACAGAUACCUCAUCUUUGUCGCUUAACGGACUCUCCUUGACGUCUGCUUUGCCCCCAAUUGAUCCCGAGCAUUCGCAUCCAUCACAUACACACAACAUGAAUAAGUUGUGCCGACAGGUGUCAAUUGAAUCACCCGGACCGGGUGUAAAGAACUGCGUUUUUAAUUUCUUCGUGCCUAUUGAAGAUACACCGGCACAUGGCGCCCGCAUCAAGAUCGUGUGCGCUGGAGCCUGCUAUCGUCGCAGGGAUCGCUCCAACUCGAUAACCAGCGUGUCGUCCGUGUCAUCCGAAUUGAGUGAUUAUUGCCCAUCGGUGUCGUCGAUCUCAUCUCCAGCCCAUCAGGGCAUACGUGAGGGCUCAUUCUUUCCGGGCUUCGAGGUGGCUGGCGUAAUUGAGUCCUUGGGCUCGGAGAUCACAGAGGCCAACAACUGCGGCCUAAGCAUCGGACAGCGUGUCAUUGUCUAUCCAUUCGACGAUACUCCUGCCGGUUAUGCUGAGCUGAUGGUCGUGCCGGAUUUGAAGCACAUUGUACCGAUACCAGAUGGUCUCCCAAUGGAAGAAGCCGCAAUGCUGCCGACUGGCGCUCUGCUGGCCAUGAAUGCCGUCUUCAAGGCACAGGCCGUGGUGACUGAGAUCCUGAAUCAACGCGCUGCAACGGAUCCGAAUAAGAAGUGCAAGAUCCUGAUAGUUGGCACUGGCGGUUUGGCUCUUUGGGCGGUGCGCAUUGCAUCCUAUCAUUUCGCCUCGACCGGGGCGCACAAUGUGGACAUCACAGUGGCCAGUCUGCGCGACGAAGGAUUCCGUUUAGCUACAGAGAUCAAGAAUGUCAGCGUCGUACAGUGGAACGAGUGUCUGUACGAGCCACAGCUCAUUGAACGCACCAAGGAUGUGUGCGGCGGUGCCGUUGAUGUGGUCAUUGACUUUGGCACAACCUCGAGAAGUCUCCAUCGUUCCAUGCACUGCCUGUCGAAGGGCGGCGUGGUUCUCAUUAGCGAGGAGGUGGCUGAGAAGCUGCUGCCGAAAUUCUCGCGUCUCUCGAAUGAGUAUCAACAGGAAAUCAUCCCAAUAUCGAAUGGCAGCGCUGAACAGUUGGCGGAACUGGUGCAAUUGGUGGCAAACAAAAAGAUUGAGCCGCCACCGUAUUCGGUGUUCCCAUGCGAGCAAGCCGCUGAAGUCAUCCAGAAGCUGUGCAACUCCGAGAUACCCGGACGCGCCAUUUUGCGCUUCCACGAAAUUGAAUAGAUGGACUAGUGUAGAAGGCGCAAUGGGCGCAUGCAUCUAUCAAAGCAUUAACUCAUCUUAUAUAGAUAUCUGUUAGUUUUACUCAAGAGAUCCCAACACACACACAAAACACUUGACGCACCGUCGACGCGAAUCUAGCGGAUCAGUACAAAGUGUACAACAACCUGUGCAUACCCUUCCGCUAACAACAACAUGUAAUAGUUAUGUGCUUAAUAUUUGCAGUAGGACUUUUGUUUUGUACUGUUUGAGUUGGUCAUCGAGCAGCUUUCGAAUUGACCAGUGAUUUCAUUUCCUUGAUUUUGUAAUUAUUAAGAAUUUUUUAGUAUUAUAUAUGUAUUUUUUGUAUACGUAUGUAUAUGAAUUGUGAUUAAUUUUAAUUUAAGCAUCACACACAAUAUAGUGAUUUUAUUUGCGUACUUAGAACACCCCCCUGGCCACAAACACACACAACCAAUGCUUCUUUGUUGAUUUAUUUGAUUGUGGACGAAACUUCAUUGGCCAUA